GUUACGAGCUUCCCGGGUGCUGCUGGUGGGGAUGAAAGGUCUUGGGGCAGAAGUAGCAAAAAAUCUCAUCUUGGCAGGAGUUAAAGGCUUGACCAUGUUGGACCAUCAGCAGGUUUCCCAGGAGGACACACGAGCUCAAUUCCUCAUCCCUGUGGGUUCCUUGGGACGUAACAGAGCUGAAGCUUCCUUGGAACGGGCUCAAAACCUCAAUCCCAUGGUAGAUGUCAAAGCUGAUCCCGAGAACGUGGAGAGCAAACCUGAAGAGUUCUUCACCCAGUUCGACGCUGUCUGUCUCACCGGCUGCUCCCGGGACGUUAUGGUGAAGAUCGAUCAGAUUUGCCACAAGAACAGCAUCAAAUUCUUCACGGGUGAUGUCUUUGGCUACCACGGUUACAUGUUUGCUGACCUCGGGGAACAUGAAUUUGUAGAGUGA